GGCCGUGGCGCUGGCGGCGGCGGCGGUGGCUCUGGUGGCUGUGGAGACUGAGGCGGCGGGAGUUGCAUCUUCGGCUAGAUUGGUCCAGGCCUGGGCUCAUGGCAUCAGGUGGCACCCAUCGUGAGUCACUAAUUGAAGGCUAAAUAGAGUCAUGCAAAAUUCCCACAUGGAUGAGUACAGAAACUCCAGCAAUGGCAGCACAAGCAACAGUUCAGAGGUAGUGGUAGAACACGCUCCUGAUUUCAGCACCGAGAUUAUGAAUGUAACAGAAAUGGAACAGUCACCUGAUGGCUCUCCCGGUGUGAAUGCAUCUACAGAAGAAAGUGAAAUGGCAAAUGCUGUGGACCUUCCUGUGACAGUGGCAGAAACGGAACCAAGUUUCCCUGCAGAAUAUGACAAAUUUUGGAAAACUGUAGAGAGUAAUCCUCAGGAUUUUACAGGCUGGGUAUAUUUGCUUCAGUAUGUAGAACAGGAGAGUCACUUGAUGGCUGCCAGGAAAGCAUUUGACAAAUUUUUCGUGCACUAUCCGUAUUGCUAUGGUUACUGGAAAAAGUAUGCAGACCUUGAAAAGCGACAUGACAACAUAAAACAAUCAGAUGAGGUUUAUCGGCGGGGUCUUCAGGCAAUACCUCUUAGUGUUGACCUUUGGAUACAUUAUAUAAACUUCUUAAAAGAGACAUUGGACCCUGGUGAUCCUGAGACCAGCAGCACAAUCAGAGGAACUUUUGAGCAUGCUGUUCUAGCUGCAGGAACAGACUUCCGAUCUGACAGACUAUGGGAAAUGUAUAUAAACUGGGAAAAUGAACAAGGAAACCUGAGAGAAGUUACAGCCAUCUACGAUCGUAUCCUUGGUAUUCCGACACAGCUGUAUAGUCAUCAUUUUCAGAGAUUUAAAGAUCAUAUACAGAAUAAUUUGCCUAGAGAUCUUUUAACUGAUGAACAAUUUAUUCAGCUGAGAAGGGAAUUAGCAUCUGUUAAUGGACAUAGUGGUGAUGAUGGUCCACCUGGUGAUGAUCUGCCAUUAGGAACUGAAGACAUAACUGAUCCAGCAAAGCUAAUUACUGAAAUAGAAAACAUGAGACAUCGAAUCAUUGAGAUUCAUCAAGAAAUGUUUAAUUAUAAUGAACACGAAGUUAGUAAAAGGUGGACUUUUGAAGAAGGUAUCAAAAGACCUUAUUUUCAUGUGAAACCAUUGGAAAAGGCACAACUUAAAAACUGGAAAGAAUAUUUAGAAUUUGAAAUUGAAAACGGGACUCAUGAACGAGUUGUGGUUCUCUUUGAAAGAUGUGUCAUAUCAUGUGCCCUCUAUGAGGAGUUUUGGAUUAAGUAUGCCAAGUACAUGGAAAACCAUAGCAUUGAAGGAGUGAGGCAUGUCUUCAGCAGAGCUUGUACUAUUCAUCUUCCAAAGAAACCCAUGGUGCAUAUGCUUUGGGCAGCUUUUGAGGAGCAACAGGGCAAUAUUAAUGAAGCCAGGAAUAUCUUAAGAACAUUUGAAGAAUGUGUUCUAGGAUUGGCAAUGGUUCGUUUGCGAAGAGUAAGUUUAGAACGUCGGCAUGGAAAUAUGGAAGAAGCUGAGCAUUUGCUUCAGGAUGCCAUUAAAAAUGCCAAAUCAAGUAAUGAGUCAUCUUUUUAUGCUAUCAAACUAGCCCGGCAUCUUUUCAAAAUACAAAAAAAUCUUCCAAAGUCAAGGAAGGUGCUUUUAGAAGCCAUUGAAAGAGACAAAGAGAACACAAAGUUAUACCUCAAUUUACUUGAAAUGGAAUAUAGUGGUGACCUCAAACAAAAUGAAGAAAAUAUCCUCAGUUGUUUUGACAAAGCUGUUCAUGGAUCAUUACCUAUUAAAAUGAGAAUUACAUUCUCUCAAAGAAAAGUGGAAUUUCUUGAAGAUUUUGGUUCAGAUGUUAAUAAGCUUCUGAAUGCUUAUGAUGAACAUCAAACACUCCUAAAAGAACAGGAUUCUUUAAAAAGGAAAGCAGAAAAUGGAUCAGAAGAACCAGAGGAAAAGAAAGCACAUACGGACGAUACAACCUCAUCAUCUACACAGAUGAUUGAUGGCGAUUUACAGGCAAAUCAAGCUGCAUAUAAUUAUAGUGCCUGGUAUCAGUACAAUUAUCAGAAUCCUUGGAAUUAUGGACAGUAUUAUCCUCCCCCUCCGACGUGAUGGCAAAAUACAAAUUUCAGAUGGAGUGUGUGAAAAGUAUAUUUUUUUUAAUGAGGGAUGUGAACAUAAAGUUGUUGUAUUUGAUAACUUGUCUUCCCUUUCUGUGUAACAUUUGUUAAGUAAUGGGGGGAAUGUCAGGCAGUAGCUUACCACAGAUAAUAUUUCCUACCAUUUAUAAAAUUUACUUUUUAUUGGAGAACUAUUUUUUUGAUUUUUGCAUUAAGUGGUCUAGAAUUCUUUUGCAAACCAUUUGCAAGUUUUGUAGCCUUAAGGGCAGGAAAAAAAAAAAAAACCUGACUGCAAAUCAUGUCAGUGUACAAGAUUCUGAAAACCUAAGGGCUGGUUAUUAAAUAGGUUUUACUUCUGUGAAAACCAACCGAUGCGAACUUUUGCUAACAAGGGUUUGUCUGUAUGUUUCAGUUAUACUUGUGAAUUUGGAUCUGACUGCAAAGACACUAUUAAAAUACUAUGCCUUGGAAUAGAGUAUAAAUGAGAACAUUGAAAAUGUUUGCAUCCCUUUAAAAAUGAGAAUAUUAUCAAUUGUUUCAGGAGACUUUGUAUUUAGAACAUUCAUGUAAAACUGUGAGAAAGUUUUCAUUUUGAACUGAUCAUCUUCACUUUUGUAAUAAAACUGAAGACUCAUUCAGUAA